CGCUGAAGAAGCGCGAGGCGUCGGGCCAGACGCGCGCCAGCACGCCCAACGCGCGCGCAAAGAAGGAGAAGCGCGCCGUCGCCGACUCGCCCAUGCGCUACUCGAUCCCCGAGCCGCGCGCCGCCGACUACAACCCGCCGCGCGACGGCGUCUUCCUGUCGCGCGAGCCGCAGCCGCUGUUUGCCCCCUCCGGCGCCGAGCUGCGCAAGCCCCACGACUACGCCUGGAACAAGAAGGGCUACCGCUACACCCACUGCGUCGCCGACCCGCUGUUCCGCCACAAGCAGUUCUACCGCCAGAGCGACUCGCGCCCGUACGGCCCGCGCAUGAGCCACGAGGACUCGGACAAGUGGUUCUACUUCGACGACACCGCCACCAUUGUCUCGCAGGAGAAGGGCUGGCGCAUGGGCCGCGCCAACGUCGUCGCCCGCGAGGGCCGCCUGUACUACGAGGUCAAGAUCCUGCGCGGCAUCCCGCCCGACGGCCCCAAGGACCCCGUCGACCCGCGCACCGGCGACACGCGCCCCGGCCCGCACGUGCGCAUGGGCUGGGCCCGCCGCGAGGCCCCGCUCGACGGCCCCGUCGGCUUCGACGGCUACAGCUACGGCAUCACCGACGCCCGCUUCGAGGCCCAGCACCGCUCGCGCGCCUCCAAGAUCUUCAAGCCGCUGCCCAAGGGCGCCAAGGGGAAGCACAUGAAAGCCCGCCCGCCCCACGGCAAGCCCGUCCCCGUCGAAUACCUCACCGACCAGCACGUCUCCGAGGGCGACGUCAUCGGGCUCGAAAUCCAGCUGCCCUCGCUGUCCCUCCACCGCAAAGUCGUCGCCGGCAUCUACAACCCCGCCGUCGACCUCGGCGACGGCUUCGCGGCCCCGAACACGCCCCCAGACCCCUUCGACGCCCCGCUCGACAUCAUCCGCGACCGCAUCCCCGUCCCCUACAAGGGCAACUUCUACUUCGAGCAGCUCGACUACCAGCCCACGAAACCCGUCGAGGCGUACCACGACCGCGGCCCCGUGCCGCGCGUGCACCCCUCGCCCAACCACGACGACGUCAGCGUGCGCUCGCUGCCGCACUCGCACAUCCGCGUGUACAAGAACGGGGUGGAGAUGGGCGUUGCGUUCGACAGCUUGCUUGCGUUCUUGCCGCCCGCGAGCGCGCCGUCGGCCGAAGCGGUGAAGGCGGGUGCGAGGACGGGGUUCGACGACGGGAUGGCGGGGUAUUUGCCCGCGGUUAGUGUGUUCAACGGGGGGGUUGCGCAGGUCAAUAUGGGUCCGGAUUUCUGGUGUCCGCCGCCGGGGCUGCGCGUUGAUGACUUCAACCUCUCCACCGCCUCUGGUCCUGCGACCGCCGCUGACACCGCAGACGCGGCCGCAAACACACCGACGCCCGAUGUCAUCGAAGGCCGCACCCUCCGCCCCAUCUCCAUCCGCUACAAGCACCAAAUCGCCGAAGACGUCGUGUGGGACAUCAUCGACGAAAUCGACUUCUUCGCCCAGGACGGCGGCUGGGAGUACAAGGGCGCCGCGCCGCAGGACGUCGGGGGCGGGGCGGCACUGAAGGCUAGGGGGUUUGCGAGGGAUCCGGAUGAGGGGCUGGGGGUUGAGGUGGGGAGGAGGUAUUAGUAGAC